UUAAAUAGGCGGGGGGGGGGGGAGGUUUUGCAGUCUAUUGCGGCGGCGCGAUGCGCACGGUCCGCUAUUGGUCGUAGCGCGCGUUACACCCGGUGCGCCCUCGAGCCGACCACGGUCUAUAUAUAUCAAGUAAGUGUGUUCGGAUUAUCGUUCAUUGGUGUUUGUAUCCACUCGUCCGUCGGUCGAUUCUACUGUACGGCACGGUACGCGUCACUUUCGAUUCUCGUUUUGUUUAUUUGCGCAUUUUUUAUAUCUUUUGCGGUUAUUUGUUUAUUUUUUUUUUUUUUCUUCUUCCGUUUUUUUAAAUAUAUAAAUAAUAAUGCCGCCCAAGACCAGCGGAAAGGCAGCAAAGAAGGCCGGUAAGGCCCAGAAGAACAUCGCCAAGGGAGACAAGAAGAAGAAGCGCAAGAGGAAGGAGAGCUACGCCAUUUACAUCUACAAAGUGUUGAAGCAGGUCCACCCCGACACUGGCAUAUCCAGCAAGGCGAUGUCGAUCAUGAACUCCUUCGUGAACGAUAUAUUUGAGCGCAUCGCGGCCGAGGCUAGCCGUCUCGCCCAUUACAACAAGAGGUCCACGAUCACCUCGAGGGAGGUGCAGACAUCCGUGAGACUGCUGCUGCCCGGUGAGCUCGCCAAGCACGCAGUGAGCGAAGGCACCAAGGCGGUCACCAAGUACACCAGCUCCAAGUGAGGAGGUGAUCGCCGCGGUGAUUCUACUCCCCGACGGCGACGACGAGCACGAGCACGUGGACGAGGACGACCUCCAUCAGCAUCACCAUCACCAUCACUUUCUCCAGUGCCACCACCGCCGCCUCCUCGUCUCGUUUAUAGUCGUCGUGCAACGAUCGCUCUCUUUCUCUAUCAAAAUAUAAUAAUAACAAAACAAAGGCCCUUUUCAGGGCCACAGA